AUGAUGCACGUCGAAGAGGUUUAUGACCAGGCGCAGAAACCAGACUCAACAGCGGGCAUGAUGCGCUUCCUCGUGGGUCACUUCAUCGCGGUGGUCAACAAGAUCUUGCCCGACUUGCCCCCGCCGCAGCUUGCCCGGAUCCUGGAUAGCGACCCGAAUUACUUCAACGAUCCGACCUACGACGACGUCGUGGAAGGCAAGGAGCGCCGUGACGAGAGGGGCUCGAGCGACCGCUUCUCCAGAGUUCGCGGGGCGCACUUCCUGCCCUGGGCCCCAGAAGUCAAGGGGCACUUCCGCACCGAGUUCAACAAGUCUGCCGAUUUCGUCCGCGGCGAGGCCCGGGCGUCCAAGGGGGAUAACGAGGACAGCGGAUAUUCCGCCGUCCGGAAGGACAUGACGCGGACGCUCCAGUUCAUCCCGCCGAUCGACGCGGGAGAGAAAGUGGUGGGAUUCUUCUUGGGGAAGGCCGGCAAGAGUGAUAGCCAGGUACAGGAGAUGACUGGGGAGGAGAUUGUGGAAUGUUUGGGGAAGCACGCCCACGCGAACAUCGAUGCCCUCUUGGACAACUUGGACCCGUCCCACAUUCCCCCCGAGGUGACGCGGCCAUCAGUUGACGCCGCCGUGGCGUUGGGGGACUGGUUUGCCAAGAACUUCCAGAUGACGGUGCGCGCCAAGGAGGUAACUAAAGACUUCAUGGAGGCCCGCACGCGUUUCGCAUCCAAGCCGCCCCCCACCCUCGCGUCUGCGGAAUGGCUCGUAGGGCAUGAUAUCGUGUCUAAGGUGAACCCCAUGCUGACCUUGCAGCGCAUCGCCAGCAAUUGGAACGUCAAAGCUUUCGCGCAGAACCCCUUCACCACCGACGCCGGCAUCAGGGUUUUGCAGCUGGAUUACGUCAUUCUGACGCACAUGGGCUUCCUCCUCGUCGCAGACGGUCGCGUCGCUGUGGCUACGUACGCGGCCGACAGCGAAAGCUUCGUGAGAGCCGCCAACCGCAUGAUGAAGUGGGACCCCAGCGUCGUCCUCCGCGACCUGCGCGAGUUGGCGCCCGAGGGCGCUGCGGGCGCGCGCGAGGAGGGGGACCAGGGCGUGGCCGAUCAGAUCUGCCAAGGCUUGAAGGACAUGCUCGACGGCAGGCCGGUGGAUCUCGACCAGCUCCGCGCUCUGGAGGCCCCUCUCGUCGCCGAGGUGCGCGGCCAGAGCGUGCCAGCGUCGCAGGUGGGCGCCCCUCCGCCCGUGGGCCCGCCGAGCCAGCUUGGCCCUUCGGCCGCGACAGCGUCGGGGCUCACGCAAGCCGCGCCCCCGGCCGCAGACGAGGCAGCAGCAGGAGCUGGAGGCUCUCGCAAAAGGAUGCGCACUGAGGCCCCGCUGGCGGAGGACAGUUUCGAGGAGGAGCCUGGGCUCAAGAAGAGGAUCCUGGUGUCUAUCCUGAGCAGCGCUCAGAACCUGCGCACGGCUGCCAAGAACAAGUCCUCGUUCACAGGGGCCACCCCAGAGGUCAUCGAGAGUUCCACGCGCCUGAUGAUUCGGUUCGGCGACGCCGCUGGCUUCGGAACGCUCCAACACGGAGGGUCCGCGGUGCAAAUGCACCAGGUGCCUGCCGAGCACAAAUACGCUGUUUACCAGGAGCUCCAAUCACGCCUGGGCCUCGCGCCAAAAGGCACAAAGAAGAUGAAGGAUGCAAAUGAUGCUCGGGUGCCGUCGUCGGACUUCGACUUCGCAAACUUCAUGAGCAAGGCCUCCCUUCUGGGGGACAUCUUGAAGAACGCCGCCUUAGAUCGGCACGGCGCGCGAACGUGGUGGCGUUUCCGCUUCGGUGCCGCUCGCUGCACACAUGGUUGCGGCCUUGGUUUUUGA